AUGACUGCUUCCGGCUCGCCUAGGCUGCAACAUUUGCCAUCAUUUCAGCGGUUCCUAAUUAGUCAGCCAUCAAUACACGCCAGCCUUUUUGAAGAUAAGGUGUUCAGCCACGACGACUGGCGCAAGCAUCGGAGCGCCGCAUGGCGACAUCGCAUUGAGCCCUUUGUCUUCUUCCGAGUGGCAAUCGGCUUCUUCUGGCAGCUGGCCCUGGUGGUGGUGAUUUCGGUGGUGAGGGACCGCGACCAGGCCCUCUCCAGUUCCAGACUGUCCACCCCCUUCACGAUGAUCACUUUUGCGCUGUCGCUGCUGCUGGUUUUCAAAACCAACUCGUCGUACAGUCGUUGGUGGGAGGGACGUAUCAUCUGGGGCCAGGUGGUCAAUUUUGGCCGUAACUACGCUCGCCAGGCUCUCAUGUGGUUCCCCGCGAACCGGCCCGAGCUGCGAGCCGCGGCCAUUCGUUGGGCAGUCGCGGCUCCACGGGUGCUGCUGGCGCACCUUCGAGAAGAUACGGACUUAGCGGCUGAGGUGGACUGGUUAUUGCGGUGGUCCAACGCCCCUCUCGGUGCGGGUACGGCGCUAGGGCAGUUGGUGGUGGCGGCUGAGUUGUCGGAGCAGCUGCAGGCGGAGAUACAGAAGCAGGUGGGAGAGGGGGGGGGAGAGGGGGAGGGGGAGGUGAGUGAGUGGGGGGCGCUUCGGGGGGUUGGAGGCGGCGCGGCAUCAAGCAAGAGCGCGCGCCAGGAUGACCUUCGGGAGUCUGGAAAAUUGGAGUUACGCCACACAUCUCGCUUCCUGAUGCUGUACGUCGUGACGAGUCCCGUGCUACUGUGGCCCAGUACCGGCUGGUUGACUCCCCUGGUGGCGGGAGUGAUUGCGUUUCUGCUGCUAGGGGUCGAGAACAUUGGAGUGCAGGUCGAGGAGCCUUUUCAUGUACUGCCACUGUACGACAUUUGCAGGGCGCUCGAGGCCAACAUAAAGGAGCUGCAGGCGGCUUUUGACGGGCGGCCGGGGGGGGGGCCUGGCGGCGACGAGUCGGAACAGUCACUGCAGAGUAUCUUGGCACCCGGCCGCACCGUCGCUAUGGCGCAGACCACGGAGUCGGGACCCUAUCUGCAGUGCAAUAAGCCAGUGACCCCGGAGGUUGUCCCCGGUGUGCUCGUGACGCCCGCCGAGGACAUGGAGCCGCUGACCCAAGCUGCGAGCAACACCACACCAUACCACACCACACCACACCACACCGCGGUUGAGGAGAUGGUGGGCACCCUUGCCAAGUUGUGA